AUGUCCUUGCUGAUGUUUGAAGCCCAGGAUGGCUCCGACUCAGACAGAUCCUGCUGGCCUGUCUCAUCUGCCCUCACAGCCAGACUGCGGAGGCUCGUCACUGUCUACCAGCGCUGCAACCGCAAAGAGCUGCCUCCCCGUGCCGAGAUGCUGGUGCCCGGUAACCAUGGAUACUGGCUGCAGGACGAGAUGUUCAGGAGAGCCUCUGAGAUGGACUCGGUGAACAAAGAAAUGCAGAAAAGGUGGACCAGGAGGGAGCAGGCAGAUUUCUACCGCACUGUCUCCUCCUUUGGGGUUAUCUAUGACCAGGAGAAAAAGGUCUUUGACUGGGCCCAGUUCCGAGCCAUCUCUAGGCUGGAGAAGAAGACAGAUGAGAGCCUGGAGAAGUACUUCUACAGCUUCGUGGCCAUGUGCAAGAAUGUCUGUGGUCUCCCACUGUGGAAAGAGGAUGGUCCCCCAGACCCUGACAUCUAUGUGGAGCCCAUCACGGAGGAACGUGCUGCCAGAACCCUCUACCGUAUCGAGCUUCUGCGAAAGGUGCGCGAGCAGGUGCUCAAGUGUCCGCAGCUCCACGAGCGGCUUAAGCUGUGCCGGCCGAGCCUCUACCUGCCAGUGUGGUGGGAGUGUGGCAAACAUGAUCGGGACCUGCUGAUCGGCACCGCCAAGCAUGGCCUGAAUCGCACUGACUACUACAUCAUGAAUGACCCCCAGCUGUCUUUUUUAGAUGCAUACAGGAACUAUGCCCAGCAUAAAAGAACGGGGCUCCCAGGCCCAGAAACCCUGUGCUGCCUUUACCAGACUAACUCCAAACUCUACAGUUCCCCUCUGUACAGCCAGGUGGACCGGACUUGCGAAUCCCUGGAGACUGAAGCUGAGAGUCAGAUUAAGCUAGACACCGUAGACAACACUAUGUCCCAGGCUGGGGGCAGUCCACCGGAUGCAAACUGUGAAACAUUCAUGUCUAAAGUCCGGGACAUCAUUUCCAGUAACUAUGAUGAGAGCUCUCUGCCGGACUCGUUGGUGUGCAUGAUGUACGAUGAGAAGGCCUGUAACAGCGAGCAAAGCUCCCUUGCCCGGGACAGCCCAAGUUGCACGGAAGUUGGAAGCAGCGUUGCUAAACUCUCUGAGGGCAAGCUAGAGGGGGACGAGGAUCCGUCGAGUUGUGAUGCAGAUGCCAUGAGAGACACUCCCUUCCUAGAGGGUUUGCAGGUGGGCUGUGACCGCAUGGACAGCCAGAACGAGGAAGCUGAGCCUUCACCUUCUACCCCCGAAAGCGACCCUUCGCGGAGCGUCCCAGCAGAGCUCUGCGAAGCCUUGCAGCGGAAGGGAGACCUCACCAGCCCUGCGCCAGUGCUGCCUGAGCACGGUGCCGUGGAAGGGGUCAUAAGCGUGGGGCUCUACAGUCCCAGUCUUCGUAACUAUGAAAUAAAGGUUCCUCCUGAGCAGAGGUUCAUCAAUCUGCUGCAGAAGAAAGGAAUGGAGGCAAAGUCAGGGCCAAGUCAGAGCCACAGCGAGGAAGAUGAAGAGGAAGAAGAGGACGAUGAUAACUCUGAGGCAGCAGCAGAUGUGGUGGAAGGCUUGAGUGGUCCCAGGACCAGGGCCGGUUGUGACCCCGAAGCUAAUGAACUAGGGGGCGAGGAGCAGAGCUCUGGCCUCCCCACGCCCGAGGACACUUGCCCAGAAGAUGUGAAUGGCGAGAGAGAGUCCCUGGGGCUGGGGACACCCGAAGGGCUGGGGGAGCCCGGGCCAGAGGGCAGGGAGGACCGUGGCCUGGAUGAGGAGAGCAGCCUGCAGCACUCACCGGGCCAGGCUCGGAGCCAGGCUUUCAGCCUGCCCGCACCUCUGCUGGGGGCCCCAGGGGCAGAGCCCCCCUGUGCUGGCGGGGAGGCCUGGGGCCGAGGGGCUGAGGGGCAGGCAGGCUGCAGAGACACCCUGCACCCCGAGCCCCAGGGGGUGAAGCAAGAAGAGUGUGAGAACAGAGAUGAGGGGGAGAAAGCCAGCAGCAGCCGGAGUCAAGAUGGUCCAGAGAAGUACUUGGAGGAAGAGAGCAAGAGUUCUGCUUCUGUCCUGCCCGGGGAGAUCGAUGACCUUCAGGAUGCCCGGGCACCGACCAUAGCCCAGCUGCUGCAGGAGAAGACACUUUACUCCUUCUCCGAGUGGCCUAAGGACCGUGUGAUCAUCAACCGCAUUGACAACAUCUGCCAUGCCAUCCUGAAGGGCAAGUGGCCUUCCUCCAGCCAGCAGUUUGAGACACAAAGCCUGCUUACGGCUCCAGCGGUAGCCAGCAAUGCCGGCAGCAGGAACAGCUUUGCCGAGUCAGAAGCCCCCGAACCCAGCUUCAAUAACGGGGUGUUAAUCUCACAGGUACAAAAGGAAGGUUUCCUGACCCCUGCCUUUGCAAAGGAUGAGCGGAAGCACAGGAGGCCCUAUGAAUUCGAGAUGGAGAGAGAUGCCAAGCAGAGGAGCUUGGAGCAGCUAGCAGCAACCCACGUUCAUCCACCCAUUGUGCUGAACGGCUGGCGUGAUGCAGCGGUGGACUUGUCCAGAGGCUCUGAUGGGUCCCCGGGGAACUCCUCUCCUUUCCCCCUGAAUGCCAACAUGCCCAAACUGGGUACCGUGAACACGCUCCAGGGCUCUCUGGGCAUGGACUUAUCUGGCAUCCUCCAGGCAGGGUUAAUCCAUCCUGUCACAGGACAAAUUGUAAAUGGCAGCCUGCGAAGAGACGAUGCUGCCAUGAGGAGGAGACGGGGCAGGAGAAAAAAUGUAGAAGGGAUGGACCUCAUCUUCUUGAAGGAGAGGCCUCUUCCAACCAGGCUGCAGGAUGUUCAGGAAGACCAGCCGCAGCCCCCCCAGAACAGUCCCCUCCCCGAUGGGCCGGUUGCUGCUACCUCAACUCCACAGCCAGUCCCAGCUGCAGGCAGCCAAGCAGAGAAGGCUGUCCCGAAUAAGAGUCUCCUCGACUGGCUCCGUCAGCAGUCCGACUACACACUCGACGUUCCCGGCUUUGGCACAAAUUUUUCAGACAAGCCCAAGCAGAGGAGGCAACGCUGCAAGGAUCCCAGCAAGUUGGACAUUAACUCACUCACAGGAGAGGAGCGGGUGCCUGUGGUACAUAAGGGUACCGGACGGCGGUUAGGGGGAGCCACGGCACCAGCAUUGAAGGAAUUGCCAAGGUGGCUUGAUGCAAACUUGGAGUAUGCUGUUGCAGCUGACUGGGCUGACAUUGUUAAGCUUUCAGGCUACUUACCAGAAAGCAAAUUCAAUCGCAUCCUAACCGAGCCCGUGCUCCGAGACGCAGGGCCCCGCCGGAGGGGGAGAAGGCCCCGAAGCGAACUCAUUAAAGGCCCCGGCGUUGUAGCAGAUUCUUCUUCUGGAAUGGGACCAUUGUUCAUGAACGGACUGAUUGCUGGGAUGGAUCUAGUGGGACUUCAGAACAUGAGAAACAUGCAAGGGAUCCCUCUGACCGGGCUGGUUGGGUUUCCUGCUGGAUUUGCAGCAGUGCCCGCCGGCGAGGACGUGAAAAGCACCCUGAGUAUGUUGCCCAUGAUGCUGCCGGGCAUGGCUACCGUACCGCAGAUGUUUGGCGUUGGAGGACUUCUCAACCCCCCCAUGACAACUACUUGUACCGCGACCGCUCCGACUUCGUUAACAAGCACAACAAAAAGUGGUAUGGCCAGCGCGGAGAAAGCUACUGAGGAUAAACAGAGUAGCCAGGAUGUGAAAAAAGAAACUCUCUCGGAAGAUAAGCCUGGUCCUAGUUCGUUUUCUAAUCAGACAGAAUCCGCAAUAACUACCAGUAGUCCUGUAGCUUUUAACCCGUUUCUUAUCCCAGGGAUGUCUCCUGGACUGAUCUAUCCCUCAAUGUUUCUUUCCCCUGGCAUCGGCAUGGCGCUGCCCGGCAUUCAGCAAACCAGGCACUCGGAGGCAGCGAACCUGGAAAGCCAGAAGCGGAAGAGAAAGAAAGCGAAAGGGGAAUCGGCAAACCCAGAGCCAGAAACUGUCUUGCUGCCGGAAAAAGAAGCUGCAAACGGUCAAAACUGUACAGAGCAAACCCCGUCUUUGUCGGCAGAGAAGGAGCAGGACGGACCAGCAGAGGAGGAGCGCCAAGCGGCUCGCGAUACCAAUUAG